ACUGACUGUCAAAUACACGUGUUGAGUGAUUUGGUCUGUGAUGUCAAUGGUCUUCUAAUUUAAAUGAAUCUAAUCCUUGCUUAAUUUGUAUACCUAAGUGAAAACUGACUCAAUCCCAAUUUAUUCAAUCAAUACAAUUGUUACUAAGUGAUUGAGAUAAAAGCAAAGAAUAAAUCAAUUUUGGUUGGGGAAGAUUAAGUUUUCAGUUUGUCAUCGGAUAGCCUCCAAUAACCGAUAACCGUCUUGACGUGAACAAUUAUUUAGUACUCGACUAGGUACAUAGCCUAAAUAAAUGAUAAUAUUUCGAACCCACUUUGUAUCUAUUUACUGAUGCACAAUUUGUGAUCCUAAAAAUUCAUUAAAAUGUCAAAAGUAAAAGUUAAGGUUAUAAGUCGCAAUCCAGAUGACUAUUUGCGUGCUACAAAAAGGGACAUACAUAAAUUGCCCAGAAAUUAUGAUCCUAGUCUUCAUCCCCUAGAAGCUCCCCGAGAAUAUGUUAGAGCUUUAAAUGCAGUAAAAUUGGAAAGAGUAUUUGCUAAGCCUUUUAUUGGUAACUUAGAUGGUCAUUCUGAUGGCGUGUCAAGCUUAGCAAAACAUCCAAGUAGGCUCGCAGUGUUAGCCAGUGGUGCUUUUGAUGGAGAAAUUCGUCUCUGGGACUUGGCAUUGCGUAAAUGUACUCGAAACUUUAUAGCCCAUGAAGGGUGGGUACGAUCAAUUUGUUUCACACCAAAUGGGGAAACAUUUACAAGUGUUGGAGAUGACAAAACAAUAAAAACUUGGAAGUCUGUGGUGCAGACUUCAGAAGAUGAAGACCCAGUGAAUACAUUACUAAGUAUGUCUGUAGUAAGUGGUGUUACCCACCACAGAUCCAAGCCAAUAUUUGCAACAUGUGGAGAGCAUUGUCAGCUAUGGGAAAAAACUAGAAAUGAACCAAUUAAAGUUUUCAAAUGGGGUGUUGACAGUCUACAUCAUGUGGCUUUUAACCAGGUAGAGGAUAACUUGCUAGCUUCUUGUGCAAGUGAUAGAAGUAUAAUAUUGUACGACUGUCGUGAAUCAGGCCCUCUGAGGAAAGUUGUGAUGGAACUCAGAUCAAAUUCCCUAGCUUGGAAUCCUAUGGAAGCAUUUAUAUUCACUGUAGCAAAUGAAGAUUAUAACUUGUACACAUUUGAUGUAAGAAAACUGAAACAACCUGUAAAUAUUCACAUGGGGCAUACAUCUGCUGUGAUUGACGUUGACUAUGCCCCAACAGGCCGGGAAUUAGUCUCAGGAAGUUAUGACAAAACAGUUCGCAUUUUUGAGAGCUUGAAAGGCAACUCAAGGGAUGUUUACCAUACAAAGAGGAUGCAGAGACUGACUUGUGUCAAAUGGACUUUGGACAAUAAGUACAUCUUAUCUGGUUCUGAUGAAAUGAACAUCAGAAUGUGGAAAGCAAGAGCUUCUGAGAAAUUGGGUGUUCUGAAACCACGCGAGCGGACUGCUCUUAAUUACUCAGAAGCUUUGAAGGAGAAAUUCGCGAAUCACCCACAAAUAAGACGGAUUGCUCGGCAUAGGCACGUACCGAAACACGUGUAUAAUGCACAGAAAGAGCUCAAGACAAUUAAAGAGAAGAACAAGAGGAAGGAAGCAAACAGACGAGCGCACAGCAAGCCUGGUGCUGUUCCAUUUGUGCCAGAAAGACAGAAACACAUUGUCAAGGAAGAUGAGUGAUUGUUUUAUUAUAUUUGUUUUGUAUAUAUUUAAGUAAAGUUUUGCUUCCUUA